AGACGGAAAAGCCGGAAAAAGAUACGAGAAAUGCCUGCAAAGAAAAAACUUGAAGGCAAAGCUAAAGCCGGGAGUAUACCGGGGGAUACAGGAUCUGUGGCAACCGCGACUAUGGUUCGGCGCCAAAUGCCGCCGCGCGCCUGCAAGAGCAAGAGCCAGAGCGCCGCCAGGCCCAGUCUUAGUCCCAGCCGCCUGGCCAAGAAGCCCAGCCUGACGCCGACCACCGGUUCUCAGGCGCCAUCGCAGACCAUCGCAAAGUCGAGGCCCACCGGUUUCGAGACGAUUUUUGAACGGCCCGGCAAUGAGGACGACGGGCCCACCAGCAGCCAUGCCGUGGCAUUCGGCGAGUGCCAGCGCCGCGUCCUCGCCCUGGGUACGGGCGAAAAAAAAAGAACCCUGUCGCAGAAGAGCUGCCUGAAGGUGCGCAACACCUUGGGCGAACGCAGCCCCGGCACAUGA